CUCUCUCACUCAUCAACAUCAUACAUCAUGCCCACUGUCCGCCCAGUCCGUGCAGGCGCUUACUGCCCAGUCGUCACUUUCUUUGACCAGAACGAGGACCUCGAUCUUGAGGCGUUCAAGAAACAUUGCGUGUGGGUCGCAGAUGGAGGCAUGGAUAUCGUUAUUGCGGGCACGAACGGAGAAGCCGCCCACCUCACCCACCCCGAGCGCAUGGCCCUAGUCCAAGCCGCCCGCUCAGCACUCGACGUCUCCCACCCCGACACCGUCAUCAUCACCGGCGCCUCUACCGCCUCCACACGGGAAACCAUCCAGUUCUGUAACGAAGCUGCCAAGGCAGGCGCAGAUGCCGUCAUCGCCCUCCUCAGCACGCCCUUCGCGGCCGCGCUCGUGAAUAACAAGGCCGCGCUGAAGCAGCAUUUUACCGACGUGGCAAAGGCCAGCCCUAUCCCAGUCAUGAUAUACAACUACCCCGUAGCAGCAGCAGGCAUCGACCUAGAUAGCACGACCAUCCUUGAGCUCGCCCAGUCCUGCCCGAACAUCUGCGGCGCCAAGCUCACCUGCGCAAACAUGGGCAAGCUCCACCGUAUCAGCACCAUCACUUCCCAACCGGCGUUCAUGGCCCAGUACCCACGGAGCUCGGGCAAGGACGUGCCCUUCUGGAUCGGUUCGGGCUACUCGGAUUUCCUCUACCCGUCCAUCCUCGGCCGCGCGACUGGGUGCAUCACUGGCCUGGGCAACGUAGCACCCACGGUCAUCGCAGAGCUCUACAAGCAGAGUGUAGCCGCAGUUGCCGCUAGCGAGAAAUCUCUCACCUCAAAGACCCAGGAACUGCAAGACAUCGUCGCCGCUGCGGACGGAGCGCUCGCUGCUACAGGCAUCGGUGGGACCAAGUACAUGCUUUCCAAGCUCCGCGGGUACGGGGGUAUCCCGAGGAAGCCGUUGCCUGCGUUUGACCCUGCGGGAGGGGCGGCGCUC